AUGGGGACACAAAAUGAAAGUAAAGAAGCUUUAGAGGAAACAAUUGACACAAUUAAACAGCAGUUAGAAGAGAAUCCUUUCGAUUACAAUGCGCACGUUCAACUAAUUGAAUUCUUACGCAAAACGGAAGAUUUAGAGCAAGCCAAAGCAGCAAGGGAACGUAUGCAUGAUAUAUACCCACUCUCCGCAGCUCUUUGGUUACAAUGGAUUGAAGAUGAGCUACGUAUUGCUGCUACACGUGAAGAAAAGCGUCAAGUUGAAGUUCUUUUCAAAAGAGCCAUUGAUGAUUACGAAGAUGUCAAUAUUUGGUUAGAAUAUUGUCACUUCGUCAUUUCUAAUUUUGACUUCACUUCUCUAAAUGGUAUACAAGAUGCAGAAGUUAUCUUUGAAUCAGCUUUGUCACAUCAAGGACUUAAUACUGCUGCAGGUUCAAUGCUGUGGGAAAUUUAUCGUGAAUUCCUCACAGUUAUUUGGUCUCAAUUGUCAGAUAAUCAGGAGUUAAAAUCAGAACAAGUGAAAAAAAUGGAUCGUCUCUUCCGUCGUCAACUUGCUGUCCCUCUUUUAAAUAUGGAACAAACGUUACUUGAAUAUCAAACUUUUCUAGCCGAUAUUGGUGGGGAUCUAUAUCAACCAAGAGAACAUUCAGAUUCUUUCCUGCCAGAAGAAGUGAAAUCAGAUUAUGAAAAAGCUCUAGAGGAUUUAAGUAUUCUAUUGCCAUAUGAAGAAGCAUUAGAAGAGGCGGCUGAACUCACCGACGCUGAAUCUAUUGCCAGUUGGAAUAUGUAUCUUGAUUGGGCAGUACAUUGUGCAAAACGUAAAAAGCCUAAAAUGUCUACAAAAUCCUCUGAGGAUGGUGUUAAUAACAAUGAGAAGAAUGCUUCAGUAGAUUUUAUCAUUUCGCCAAAUACUGUAUGUUGUCUUUUUGAACGUGCUAUUACAGCACAUUGUUUGGACACGUCUAUAUGGAUACGUUAUGCAGAUUAUGUGGCGUCACAAUUAGAAAAUGACGUUCAACGCUUACAAAAGCUAUUGACUCGAUCAGUACGUAAUUGUCCUUGGUGUGUUGAUCUAUGGCAACGAUAUGCGCUAGUAACUGAAGCUGUAAUCCUUGACAGUAUUUCAUUGAAAGGCUACACCAAUGGAACAGAACACGACUCUGUUUCACAAGAGUCUAAUAUAUUUAAGGAGGUUGAUGGUAUCUAUGAAACAGCCUUGGACGCUGGUUUCACAGAUCCAAAUGAUGUGCUUAAAAUUUGGCGUAGUUAUUGUGAUCAUCAGGUACGCAGGCUUUGUUCAUUGGAGAAGAAUUCUUUAUCUAGAGAGCAUCGAUUAGCAUUACUUCGUGCAACCUUCGGUCGAGCUAUUGAAUACUGUUUUGAAUUGCUUCGUUCUCAACCGAAUACUGAUUGGUCAAUACUCAGCUAUUAUGCUUUUGUUGAGGCAAAACAUGCUGAGAGCAUGGAUCGAGCUCCAUAUAUUCAAUUUGAACAAAAUUGGGGUGAUCCAAAGCACCUAGUUCGUGUAUGCAGUAUGGCGAUCAAUUCAGUGAAUGUAGACCAUUCAGAAUUGUUAUUUCAAAUUGUAUUACGUGCUGUCGGUGAAAUUGGAUUACCUGUUAAACAGUAUAAAGAUAUGACUGUUAAAAUCAAUUCACGUCGAGCACUACUCAAAGAUUCAAUCAAGGAUGUUCAGUCGAAAAAGUCAAAUAUGGAGAUUGUCGAGACGACACCCGAGAAAAAUUUGUCUCAUGCAAAGAAAAGAAAACUACCUCAACAGCAAAAUGAUUCUGGUCAAUCAACACCUGCGAAAAUGUCAAAAACUGAUUCACAACAUUUGCCACAUGGUGAAUUUGUUCCACACGAUCCAGCGAAAAAUGACUUGACUGCAUUUGUUAGUAAUCUUGAUUAUUCAACGACUGAAGAUCAAUUGCGAAAGACAUUUGAAAAGUGUGGUGAAUUAACCUCUGUUCGCCUUGUUCGUGAUUAUGCUGGUCGAUCUAAAGGAUUUGCUUAUAUUGAAUUCAAACAUAAAGACUCGGUAACCGCUGCCCUGGCAUUAGAUAGACAACCAGUUGCAAGUGAUGAAUGCUUUGAAAAUGCCUCAUCAAAUCUUGACAGCAGUUUACAAAAUGAAAAAGACCAAGGAACAACAACAACGACAGAGUCUUCAAAAUCACCGACACCCUUUAAACGACCAAUGUUUGUAUCCAUUUGUGAUCCAAGUAAACUGAAAGUAUCUGGAUUCAAGUAUACAGUUGGUAAAAAAGAACCAGAAAAGCUGUUUGUACGAAAUUUAGAUAAAAAUGUUAAAACUGAAGAUUUAGAGAAAUUAUUUAAACAGUAUGGAGAAGUUGUAAGUAUUCGUCUAGCGACCUAUCGAAAUGGUGUGCCUAAAGGUCAUGCAUAUAUUGAAUUUACAAAUGCUAAUGAUGCCAGUCGAGCGUUAAUUGCUACAGAUGGUAUACAGUUUGGUAGUAAAAUGUUAUCAGUAGCUAUUAGUGAACCACCUGUCCGCCAGGAUACAUCUCAAAGCUUUAAACCGCCGCCGCCUGCAACAAAAGGCGAUGAAACAUUUAAAACACCGCAAUCUAUUGGUUCAGAUUUUACUGGGGGAUCUUCUGCACGCAAAUCUCGGACACAAUUGGCAUUUCUACCACGCGCCAUACAUCGUACACGUGAAAGUCAAGCCGGCAGUGAUCAAACAGCAGAAUCUUCUGAUGAUAAAAACGAAGUUAAACCAUCCCCUGUUGAUAACACUAAAACUAAUGAAUAUUUUCGAAAACUUUUUAUGAAAUAA